GAUUUUAUAAAUAAAAAUACUGUAUAGUAGUGGAGAGUUUUAAUAAGACUCAAAAUUAAAUGACUAUAUGGGUCAAGAUGUUAAUCCACCAUCCAAUAAUUUUUUGUAUAUACAUACAUAAUAUAUUGAUAUAAUUUUUUGAAUCUAGUUUACUUUAAAUGGUAAAACAUGGUGAUAGGAACACCACAGUCAUUAAGUUAAUUCCUGGGAAAUAUGCAUGCUGAUAAAAUACAUUUCUCACAGCUGAAGGCAUCUACCAACUGGAAACACAUUCAUGACGUGUUUGCCAGAGUCAGUCUGCUGAGUUCUCGACAUGAGAGUGUGGGCCAGCCGUCAGCCAACCUCCGAAAGAGCUGAUUGUAAAAUAUGUUGUGGAAAACCAUGAUGUCACAUUAUGCAAAGCACUGUCGGAAAACGUUGACAGCGAGACUUUAAACAUGCAUUGAGUCUUUGACGCUGAACUGCUGGUGGGUUCAGCUUAACACACAGGAGUGAUGAAAGAUUGGCAACUUGGAUUCUCUUCUUCUAGAGCUCAAAAUAACCAAACAGGAGUUUCAUCCAUUUUUGAUGAGAAUUUUCCUCCAAGCGGCUUCAUGAAAGACUUGGAUUCUCCUCCAGAAAGAAUGAGCACAUUGUCAGAGAAGAAGAGCAAUGGAAGUGAUGGAGAGAGCAUGAGAGAUGCCAUAGAAGAAAGCAUUUUUGAUUUCUCACCGUCUUCGAUCACUCAAAGUAAUCAUAUCAAGAAAACAGGCUUCAGAGCCAGACCUAAACUGGCUUCUGCUCACGCCGUCCUUUCAUCCAAGCUAGAAGAUCCAACAGAAAUGCAGACAAAUGCAUGUGAGGAACCAGAGGAUAGGAAACCAGAACCUCUGAAACGUGUUUGCAUGGAUCCCCUACCAAUAGCUGCUGGAGAAACAACCAAGGACGAAGAUGUGGAAGAGCAGAAAGUGAAAGAGGGGGUGACGGCAGGUGAAAAUCUUCUAGAAGAGGGUUCAAAAGUGGCCUUGAAUGCAGCAACUAGGAAAAUCCUGUGGAGAAGAAAGAUCGAACCGAGGGAAAGGCUGGGAGCAAGUGUGGAGAGUAUCGACGAGAGUAACGAGGGAGAUUUCAGCAACAAACGACUGCACAGGAAGAAGAGUUGGGGGUUAAGACAGAGAAACACACAAACGCUUGAGUCAUUACAUGAUGGAGAACAGUAUAUGGGGGGAAGUAUGGAGAAAGAUGGUGAGGAAGAAUUAGUUCCACACCCUGUUCUCUCUCGGGUUCUCUUUCACUCUUCAGCUUCAUCCUCCUCUUCCUUCAACAACUCUUCAGCAGAGAGCGAUGAGGUUUUCAGUGAAAAUGAGGACACUGCCACCCGGAGGCAGACCAUGAAGAAGUGUCGAUCUUGGAGAACGUUUUUGACCAUGAUGCAGUGGUCUAAACGUACACAAAGCUCAUGGAUCCAGCUAGCGGGUCACCAAGGUAACGUGAGGCUGAGUGAGGGUGGCGAGGUGCUGAAGAGGUUUUGCGAGGUUGAGGCCGUCUGUCUGCAGGUCCUCAUGUCUGAUGCGCUCUGUCAGUUUGUGCCUCAUUAUUUCGGGCACAUCAGUCAGGACGGAGAACAAUACAUCCGUCUAGAGGAUCUGCUUAGCGGGCUCAAAAAUCCUGUCAUCAUGGACUGCAAAAUGGGUGUGCGGACAUACCAAGAGGAGGAGAUAAGUAAGGCCAGGAGCAAUGCCAUUGUGCGCUCUGAUAUGUAUCAAAAGAUGGUGAAAGUAGAUCCGGCAGCUCCCACUGCAGAAGAACAUGCACAAAGAGGUGUAACCAAGCUGCGUUACCUGCAGUGGAGGGAUGACAGCAGUUCCACCUCGUCACUGGGCUUCCGCAUAGAAGGCAUUGUGAUGGGAAAUGGUAAAGUAUUACGAGACUUUUACAAGACACGCACAGAAGCUCAAGUGACAGAAACACUGUUAACCUUCACCAGGAGACAGGUCCACAUUCUAGAGGCCUACGAAUCCAGGUUACAGGCACUGAACAAAGCACUCAAGGAGUCAAACUUUUUCAACAGACAUGAGAUCAUAGGCAGCUCUUUACUUUUCGUCCAUGACUGCAGCAGCAAAGCAAACAUAUGGAUGAUAGAUUUUGGAAAGACCAUCCCAACCCCAGAGGAUGUCCAGCUGAGGCAUGAUGUUCCAUGGGUGGAGGGAAACAGGGAAGAUGGGUACCUCAUUGGACUGACCUCACUCAUCACUCUGUUGGGGGAAGCCAUCAAGCAAGCAGGGGAGCAAAGCUGAGAGUGACCUCAUAUAUACUCACUUAUACAGAUCAUUUCAUGUUGGAUCUAUCGAUAGUAGGGAUGUAACGAUUAACCACGAGCC